AUGAAUCCAAAUUCAUUCAAACUCUACAAAUCAAUUUGUAAUGCAGUAACCGGAGCUGGUUUGGUAUUCACAAACUUUACUAACAAAUCAUUAGUGGGCAGAUCAGUUUAAUAUCUUGACCAUUUGAUUUACACAAAGGCACCAAGACUAUCAUACAUUGAACAUUAUGCUCCAGUCUACACACCCAAGAGAGUCACUUAUGCCGCCCCCAUCUGUUUAACUUUGGCUGGCACUGUAUUAUUGGCUGAAAUUGCUUGGACUAACAAUGCCAAAGAAUAAGCAAAUAAUUAUUUUGUUGCAACAAGAGAAUGAAAUAUAUAUUAUUUAGAAAUAAUAAAAUAAAAUAAUGAAAUUUA